GUAAACGAGUAUUAUUUGACGACGAGAGCGGAGUGAUUGACGCAACAUUUUCUUUUUGUUACCAAUAGCAUUUCAAUCAAUAAAUUUAGAAAGAUGAAUAGUGAAUACGUAGAAAAUUGUGAUGUUUCAGCUAUAUUUUUCGAUUUAGACAAUACAUUAAUACAAACAAGAAAAGGAGACAGCCGAGCAUGCAAUAAGGUUUAAUCAAUUAAAAAAUGCAUUCUUAUAAUAAAUAUGGCAAAAAGCGACACAGAAAAAUUUGCCGCACUCUUCAUGGUAACAAAAUUGGUGAAGGGGAAGGAUUGCAAUUCUCAAGCAAGAAAAGCUUUGUUCGAAGCUAUCGGUUUUAAGUUUCUGAAGAAGCUGUUAACAAAUAACAAUGUGGUGGACGACUGCCCACCCUCUGUGUACAAAUCGCUUGCCCUUUCUAUUCUGACCACCUUCUGUAAUGAACCAGAACUUGCAACUCAUCCAGAGAUGCUUGCAAAUAUACCAGUAUUCUUAGACAUUGUACAAACCUCAGACAAUGAAGACUAUGAUGAUAAUCUGAUCAUAAUAAGUGAAGCUUACACUUGUCUACAAUGCAUUGCAGAACAGGAGGCUGGACAAAAGGCAUUAAUAGAGGUGGGAGCUAUUACAAAAAUGUCUGAAAUCUAUUCUCACCAAAGUUUCCAAACUGAUGAAGCCCUCAAUAUUCUUGUUAAACUUGUUAGUCGGUAUGGUCCUGCUGCAUGGGGAAGCGAUCCUAAACCGUUCCAUGCACUAGUCAAUAAAAUAGCUCUGGAUUUUGCUACUGAUCAAUCAGAGAGGAAGUUUGAACUGGCCACAAUACUCAGUGCACUUCUGUACAGCUGCAACAAGUUUAUUAUUGUACCCGGUGCAGCGGAUGAGACUUGGCCACAGAGUAUAUACAGAGCUCUUUAUGAUAUACUUACCAGCAAAAUUGGUAAGAAUCAAAGAGACCCUGCUCUCAAACUAGCUGCCAAUAUUAUUGAACUUCUUGGAGUAGAGUGGACUUUUUUGGAUGAAGAGAAUCCAAAAAAAUUCUUCCUUUUGCUUCUGCAGUUGUGUGCGAUUGAAGUUCGAAUGCAGCUUGAAGAUAGGAGUUUCAAACAAGCAUAUGCUAAUGCAGAAUUAGUAACUGCUUGCUUCAUUGUUCUUGAAAUGUCUAUCAACUACAUGGCUACAGAUCAGUUAGAUUUAGAGCAAAAGGAAAAGCAGUCAGUGUACACCAGCUUUAAAGGAGCAUUUAAUGCUGUUGUUUCAAUCCUCACAAAAGUAUCUAAUGACAAAAACCGUGACAAACUUCCUGACAGUGAAAAAGUUUUUGUUUGUGCUAUGGUCCGAGUUUUAGUUGCAUGGAUUGCACAAGAAACUACAGCAAUGAGGGAGCAAAUCUAUUCACUGAUGCCUUACAUGUUUUCAUUGGCUAAUGAUUCUUUCCAUGCAUACAGAGCAAGGAAACUCGCAGAAAAAACAAAGUCUGAAGGAGAGCCUAUGGAUACAGACAUAAGCCUGAUGGGACAAAUAGAUUUACUGCGCUUAAUGCUACCUGCUCUUUGCCAUCUUGUGGUUGAAGACAAGGCGAGAGAUAUUGUAUUCAACUUGAAACAAGAAGAUAUACUCUAUGAAGCCAUGAACUUCCAUUGGUCUAUUGUCCAUUAUAAGAAACCACCUAUUCCAAAAUCUGAAAGAGGCAAAGCCCGCACUCAGCCAGAACCCGAAUUGGAUCCUAAGGUUUUGGAUGACAUGAGAGAUUCAAGAGCAGCAAUGGUCAGCCUAUGCAAUAUAUUUAUGAACCUGACAGUUUUGGCACCAAAAGCGGUUGAAAACAGUAUGCUGUUUAAUACCCUCUUAAAAUUCAUUUUCAACAAUUUGCCUGAAUUAAAGAACAUACCGGAAAACCUAGUACUUCAUGGGCACUUGGCAGUAUUGGGUCUUUUGCUGCUAAAACAACAGAGUAGCAAAGUGAAGAAGAAUGACUUUUCAAUUUGUAGAUACAUUCAGUCUACUAUUAGAUUUUUGUGGGAUGCUUAUAAUGUUGAUGAGUCAAAUGACCCCAAUGCUCUUGUAGUAUCAAUGGCAUACAAAGAACAUUGGAAUGAAAUUGCAGAUUUAUGGUUUUUGGGAAUGCAAACAAUGAGUGGAGUACUGACUAUUGUACCAUGGAUUUCUGAAUUUGCAAUAGAAAGUGGAUGGGCUGAAGGUAUAGCUGAAAUGCUUGUAAAGGUGAAAGUUGGAACAUUGCCACCGAAUGUUAAAUCAGCUUUUGAAGAUUUCCUUUGCAGAUUAGUUGAUUCUAAUGAAAGUGUGAAGCCCGUUCUAAAGAAAGGCGGUGCUCUUAAGAUGUUGGAGAUAUUACACCAGCAGUAUGGGCUGCCUAAAGACAUUGCGUCGGAGAGCGCUGCCACAUUCCUGAGCACCUUCAGAGCCCAACCAGACGAUGAGACGUACGCGUUGGAUGAGUGGCCGGCUCACUUAUGGCGCAAUUCGUUGCCGAAGAACUACAGGCAUAUUGCUAAAAAAGUUUCUGAGGAAUGGUUAAAAUUGAGAUUUCAAUAUUUAGCUCUGACUCCUGACGUCAUACAUCUAUUAGAAACAUUAAGGGAGGAUUAUCUACUCGGUCUGAUCACGAACGGGCCGUCGCGAGCCCAGUGGCAGAAGAUCGAUCGACUUAACCUGAGGGACUACUUCGACUGCGUCCUGGUCUCCGGAGACCUGCCCUGGGAGAAGCCCGAUCAAAACAUCUUUCUAGAAGCUUGCAAGCUGCUCAACGUCGAAGCGCGCACUUGCAUCAUGGUUGGUGAUAAACUUGAAACAGAUAUUAAGGGUGGUAAAGAAGCAGAGUUAGGUGGAACCGUAUGGAUACCGCUGCAGCAAGACGAAAUGGAAUCGGAUCUGCCCGACUUUACCAUAAACAAGGUCACUGAACUCCCAGAGGUGUUGCCAGCUUCACCCAGACUGAAGCGCUCCGCUCACGUCACUAACGAUUGUUGAUACCAAAGAUUUAGAGGGGUUUAUGGUUAUAGUUUUUUUUUUUUCAAUUUAUUUUCGUAAUAUUUUAGCUAGGGUUACACUACGAGUAUGCCCGGAUUUUUUUUGACUAUUAGGACAUUAAUCAUUUUAAGAAUAAAGUCUCGAUAUUAUUUUGACGUGUUAAAUAGAUUGGUAUAGUAAAAUGGAUAUUUUUUUAAAUCUGAAAUCCAUAUUUAUCUUUAAAAAAUAUCUUCGCAAUUGAGGUUAUGUAUGCGAGCAAUAUUAUUUCAUUCGCAAAUGAGCUCACCAGACGUGUGUACUCGUAUAGUAACCAAGCCUUAUAAGAAGAUAGUCUUCUUAGUUAUAGUUUUAUAACUAGCCAGAUACAGAGGGAAUGUAAUUUUUGUUAUUUUUUUAUUCGAUAUCGAAACUAUUUUUGUUGUUUAGAUUUUUAUUUUAUUGUUCGCUGUUGACGUUACCAGUUACCUAGUACUGUUCUCGAAAAAAAUCAAAUUUAAAAAUUAUGAAAUACUUUUGGGUCCUGGUAUAAUGUUUAUUAAAUAGAAAGUAGUAGCAAUUACUAUCAUUGUCUUCCCUUCGUAGUUUUAAAUGUGUGAUAGCUUUUUUUAUUUUGCUUUUUUUAGGAUAUGAUUAAUAUCUUCAGUAUAUAAUUAUUUGGAACGAAUAGUCCCUAGUACAUAGUAUUUUGUCCAUUAUAUAAGUACAUUUCGUUAAAUAUAUAAAAUAUCAGAACACAAUACGAUUCAGUAUACAUUCCACUUAAUAUUUAUGUCAAACAGUAUUCAAAGUACAAUAAUUUGCUUGCAGUACAAAUAUUAACUUUGGUUAUGUACAGACUUUUUAUAUUUUAUAUGUGAACUGAUAAGGAUAUCUGACCCGGUGGACAUAAAGCAAACUAAAGUAUGACGGCUCUAGCGCCCUCCUGUCAAUGUCUAAAAAGUGUCAAUAGGUCCUUUUCGUACUGUAGCUGUCAUGUAGUUUUUUUCUUUUCUGCCAUUUUUAUGGCCAUCAUGUAGGUUUUAUAUAUUUUCUGACAGAACUAGCAGCGAUAGCAGCGCUUCUUAUCGGACCAGAUAUCCUUGUUUGACGAUAAAUGCAAAUUCAUUAGUACAAUCGACUAUAUACUAUUUCAAAAUUAUUUAAGACUACUAAAAACAUAUUUAUAACUUUUUUAUUCUGUUCCAAAUCAAGACCCUUAAAGAAUUUUAUUUCAUAAUUUCACAAACAAAAAUUUCAAUUAAAGCAUUAAAUUGGGAAAAGAUCCAUUCGGUCUUAAUGUUUUCUAUAGUAAAAGUUUUUUUAAAUAUUUAGCUCUUGAUUUGAAACAGCGGAUAUACUAAUUUUAUUUCAAUUCUGUGAACAAAAUAUUUUAGUAAAUAGUCACAGUAUUACCUGACAGUAGUCUUGCCUUGUUACCUAUAGAUAUAAAACUACGCCUUGUUUUUUUUGUUAUUAAAAAAUACAAAUAAACAUUUUAGCUUAGAAAUCUCAUAGGGUAUAAGCAAUAGAGGCAUUAUUAAAUAGAA